CCCGACCUAAUGCUUGUGCGGUUAUUUUUGUUCCUCCGUCCUCUGGUUGAACCGCGCCCCGGAGCCCGGCGACAGCUCCUGCUGCAUGUGCACUUGCGGCGUCUGCAUCUCGGUGCCGUCCCCGCCGAUCCUCGGAACCCCCAGCGAGGACGCCUGGAUGGCGACGGGCUACCUGACCAAGUACCUGAUCGUCCUGCCGCAAAGGAGGGCCAUCGUCGUGUCCCUGGGCAUGGACAUGCCUGGCUCGCAGGCCUGCUCGGUGGCCAUGUCCUGGGCCUCGCUGACGUACGACGACACGUUCGGGAGCCUGCUGCACUACGACCUUCUUAGAACUUCACUGCCCCGAGCCGUGUCGACGACGUCCUCCACAACUACGUCCACAACCACCACGACGAUCUCCACGACUAUC